CCGGAGCCACCAUGGGGCUGCCACUAGCUCGCCUGGUGGUGUGCCUAGUCCUGGCCUUAGCCAAGGGCUCGGAGCUCCAGAAAGAAGCCAGAACCCGAAACCAUGUCUGCAGCACCUGGGGCGACUUCCACUACAAAACCUUUGACGGCGAUGUCUUCCGAUUCCCUGGCCUCUGUGAUUACAACUUUGCUUCUGACUGCCGAGACUCCUACAAGGAAUUUGCUGUACACAUUAAGAGGGGCUUGGGCGAGGCCGGGGGUCACUCCCGGAUAGAGUCCAUCCUGAUCACCAUUAAGGAUGAUGUCAUCUACCUCACCCACAAGCUGGCAGUGGUGAACGGGGCCAUGGUCAGCACCCCGCACUACAGCUCUGGGCUACUCAUUGAGAAGAAUGACGCCUACACCAAGGUCUACUCCCGUGCUGGCCUCUCCCUCAUGUGGAACCGGGAAGAUGCACUCAUGCUAGAGCUGGACAGCCGGUUCCAGAACCACACUUGUGGCCUCUGUGGAGACUUCAAUGGCAUGCAGACCUAUAAUGAGUUCCUCUCUGAAGGCAUAUCCUACAGCGCCAUUGACUUUGGGAACAUGCAGAAGAUCAACAAGCCUGAGGUUGAAUGUCAGGACCCCGAGGCAGUGCCAGAGCCCGAGUCCUGCUCUGAACACCGAGCCGAAUGUGAGAGGCUGCUGACCUCCGAAGCCUUCGAGGACUGCCAGGCCCGGGUGCCUGUGGAGCUGUAUGUGCGCGCCUGCAUGCAGGACCGCUGCCGGUGCGCGCAGGGCGGCGCCUGCGAGUGCAGCACCCUCGCUGAGUUCUCCCGCCAGUGCUCCCACGCAGGCGGCCGACCUGAGAACUGGAGGACCGCCUCGCUCUGCCCCAAGAAAUGCCCUGGUAACAUGGUGUACCUGGAGAGCAGCUCGCCCUGUGUCGACACCUGCUCGCAUCUGGAGGUCAGUAGCUUGUGUGAAGAACACUACAUGGAUGGCUGUUUCUGCCCAGAAGGCACGGUGUAUGAUGACAUCACGGGCAGCGGCUGCAUCUCCGUGAGCCAGUGCCAUUGCAAGCUGCACGGACACCUCUAUAGACCAGGCCAGGAGAUCACCAAUGACUGUGAGCAGUGUGUCUGCAAAGCUGGUCGCUGGGAUUGUAAAGACCUGCCUUGCCCGGAGACCUGUGCCCUGGAAGGUGGCUCCCACAUCACCACCUUUGAUGGGAAAAAGUUUACCUUUCAUGGGGACUGCUACUAUGUCCUGACCAAGGGCGACCAUAAUGAGUCCUUUGCUCUCCUGGGUGAGCUGGCUCCCUGUGGCUCUACAGACAAGCAGACCUGCCUGAAGACCGUGGUACUGUUGACUGACAACAAGAAGAAUGUGGUGGCCUUCAAAUCAGGUGGCAGCGUCUUGCUCAAUGAGCUGGAGGUGACCCUGCCCCACGUGGCAGCGAGCUUCUCCAUCUUCCAACCCUCCUCCUACCACAUCGUGGUGAACACGGUGUUUGGGCUGCGGCUGCAGGUCCAGUUGGUUCCAGUCAUGCAACUUUUUGUGACUCUGGACCAGGCUGCCCAGGGACAGGUGCAGGGUCUCUGUGGGAACUUCAAUGGCCUGGAAAGUGACGACUUCAUGACAUCCGGCGGGCUGGUGGAGGCCACGGGUUCUGGCUUCGCCAAUACCUGGAAGGCCCAGUCAAGCUGCCAUGACAAGCUGGACUGGCUAGAUGACCCCUGUUCCCUCAACAUUGAGAGCGCCAAUUACGCUGAGCACUGGUGUUCCCUUCUGAAGAGGUCGGAGACCCCGUUUGCCAGGUGCCAUCUGGCUGUGGAUCCCACUGACUACUACAAGAGGUGCAAAUAUGACACGUGCAACUGUCAGAACAACGAGGACUGCAUGUGCGCCGCCCUCUCCUCCUAUGCCCGCGCCUGCGCGGCCAAGGGUGUCAUGCUGUGGGGCUGGCGGGAGCGUGUCUGCAACAAAGAUGUGCAUGCUUGCCCCGGCUCGCAGAUCUUCCUGUACAACCUGACCACUUGCCAGCAGACCUGCCGCUCACUCUCGGAGGGUGACAGCCACUGCCUCAAGGGAUUUGCACCGGUGGAAGGCUGUGGCUGCCCUGACCAUACCUUCAUGGACGAGAAGGGCCGCUGCGUGCCGUUGGCUAAGUGCUCCUGCUACCACCACGGUCUGUACCUGGAGGCAGGAGAUGUGAUUCUGAGGCAGGAGGAGCGCUGCGUCUGCCGGAACGGGAGGCUGCAAUGCACCCAGGUCAAACUGAUCGGCCACAGCUGUGUGUCCCCCAAAAUCCUUGUGGAUUGCAACAACUUGACCGCUCUGGCCACCCGGAAACCCCGCCCCACUAGCUGCCAGACAUUGGUGGCUGGCUAUUACAACACAGAGUGUAUCAGUGGCUGCGUGUGUCCCGAUGGGUUGCUGGAUGAUGGCCGUGGUAAAUGUGUGGAGGAGAAGGACUGUCCUUGCAUCCACAACAAAGACCUAUAUAAUCCUGGGGCGACGAUCAGUCUGGACUGUAACAACACCUGUACCUGUCAGAAGGGGCGCUGGGAGUGCACCCGCUAUGCGUGCCACAGCACCUGCUCCAUCUAUGGGAGCGGCCACUAUAUCACCUUCGACGGGAAGCACUACGACUUUGAUGGACACUGCUCCUAUGUGGCUGUCCAGGACUACUGCGGCCAGAACUCUACCGGCUCCUUCAGCAUUAUCACCGAGAAUGUCCCCUGUGGCACCACUGGCGUCACCUGCUCCAAGGCCAUAAAGAUCUUUAUAGGGGGGACAGAGCUGAAGUUGGUGGAUAAACACCGCGUGGUGAAGCAGUUGGAAGAGGGGCAUCACGUGCCCUAUAUCACACGGGAAGUGGGCCAGUACCUGGUGGUGGAGGCCAGCUCUGGUAUCAUCGUUAUCUGGGACAAGAAGACCACCAUCUUCAUCAAACUGGCUCCCUCUUACAAGGGCAUGGUAUGUGGUCUGUGCGGGAACUUUGAUUACCAGACCAAAAACGACUUCACCACUCGGGACCACAUGGUGGUGACCAGCGAGCUGGACUUUGGGAAUAGCUGGAAGGAGGCUUCCACUUGCCCAGAUGUGAGCCACACCCCAGACCCCUGCAGCCUGAACCCGCACCGUCGCUCCUGGGCAGAGAAGCAGUGCAGCAUCAUCAAGAGUCGUGUGUUCAAAGCGUGCCACAGCAAGGUGGACCCCACGGUCUUCUAUGAGGCCUGUGUGCAUGACUCCUGCUCCUGUGACACGGGUGGUGACUGCGAGUGUUUCUGCUCCGCCGUGGCCUCCUACGCUCAGGAGUGCACCAAGGCAGAGGCCUGUGUGUACUGGAGGACGCCGGACCUAUGCCCCAUAUUCUGUGAUUACUACAACCCCCCAGACGAGUGCGAAUGGCACUACGAACCAUGUGGGAACCGCAGCUUCGAGACGUGCAGGACCCUCAACGGCAUCCACUCCAACAUCUCUGUGUCCUACCUGGAGGGUUGCUACCCUCGGUGCCCUGAGGACAGGCCCAUCUACGAUGAGGACCAGAAGAAAUGCGUCUCUGGAGACCAGUGUGGCUGCUAUAUUGAGGACACUCGCUACCUACCUGGAGAUCCUGUUCCCACUGAGGAGAUCUGCAUGUCUUGUACAUGCACCAACACCUCAGACAUCAUCUGCAGUCCAGAUGAAGGGAAGAUUGUUAACGAGACCCAGGAUGGUAUUUUCUGCUACCGGGAGAUCUGCACCUCCAAUGGGACAGUGGAGCAGCACUUCGAUAUUUGUGGUUCCUCCACACCACCCCCAUCUACUAUGACAAGCUUCACCACAAUCUCCACCCCCAUCUCCACCACCCCCAUCUCCACCACCCCCAUCUCCACCACCCCCAUCUCCACCACCCCCAUCUCCACCACCCCCAUGCCAUGCUGCUUCUGGUCUGACUGGAUUAACGACAACCAUCCUACCAGUGUAAAUGGUGGUGAUCGAGAGAACUUUACCCAUGUCUGCAGCGUUCCUGAGGACAUUGAGUGCAGAUCAGCCACAGAGCCCAAAGAAAGCUGGGAGGAACUGGGCCAGAAGGUACACUGUAGUGUCUCAGAUGGGCUCAUUUGCAAAAGUGAAGAGCAGUAUGGAAGUGGACAAUGGGAACUUUGUUAUGACUAUGAGAUACGAGUCAAAUGUUGCUAUCCAAUGGAAUACUGUCCUACUUCAACCAUCACACCUACGACUUCACUGACAACCUCAUCCACCACUCCACCUACCUCUUCACCAACCACCUUACCUACAACAUCGCCACUGACUCCAUCUGCUACUUUACCAACCACCUCACCGACGACCACACCCACCAUCUCGUCUACCGCUACGCCGAUGACUUCAUUUACGACUUCACAGACAUCUUCACCAGCCCCCCCUCCUAAGAGCUCACCAACCACACCUGCUACCACCUCACCAACCCCUUCACCAGGAACCUCAACUGCCACAACACCAAGCACCUCACCUACCACCUCAUCACCGGUGACUACCCCCUUCACCACAACAGUUUCCACUCCUUGCAUUGAAGAAUGCAAGUGGAUGGGCUGGAAGGAUUCUGGAAAACCCUCCUACGGUAAGGAUAGUGGAGAUUUUGAACCGGUUGAGGGCAGCUGUGAACCAGGCUGGGCGGUAAACAACGUCUCCUGCAGAGCCGUGCUGUAUUCCAACGUUCCGCUUCAGCAGCUUGGACAGAAAGUGACUUGCAACGAAGAGGUAGGGCUAGUGUGCAAAAACUCCGAACAGCCGAAGGAAGGGUUCAUGCCCACGGGCAUGUGCUUCAACUACGAGAUCAAUGUCGAGUGCUGUAUAUGUGGGCCCACCACCACUACAAAGACCACCACUCCAACAACCACUCCAGAGACCACCCCUCCUACACCUACCACCACACAGACACCAACCCCAACAGUAACCACCACUACAGUGACUACAACACCAACACCAACACCAACCACCACAGGGACUCCCAUUAUAACAGCAACUACCACACAGACACCAACCCCAACUCCAACAGAGACCACGCCUCCUACGUCUACCACCACACAGACACCAACCCCAACUGCAACCACCACUACAGUGACUCCAACACCAACACCAACAGAGACCACCACUACAGUGACUCCAACACCAACACCAACACCAACACCAACAGAGACCACCACUACAGUGACUCCAACACCAACACCAACACCAACAGAGACCACCACUACAGUGACACCAACACCAACACCAACAGAGACGACCACUACAGUGACUCCAACACCAACACCAACACCAACAGAGACCACCACUACAGUGACUCCAACACCAACACCAACACCAACACCAACAGAGACCACCACUACAGUGACUCCAACACCAACACCAACAGAGACGACCACUACAGUGACUCCAACACCAACACCAACAGAGACGACCACUACAGUGACUCCAACACCAACACCAACACCAACAGAGACCACCACUACAGUGACUCCAACACCAACACCAACACCAACACCAACACCAACAGAGACCACCACUACAGUGACUCCAACACCAACACCAACACCAACAGGGACCACCACUACAGUCACUACAACACCAACACCAACACCAACAGAGACCACCACUACAGUCACUACAACACCAAAACCAAUACAAACAGAGACCACCACUACAGAGACUCCAACACCAACACCAACACCAACAGGGACCACCACUACAGUGACUCCAACACCAACACCUACAGGGACCACCAUUACAGUGACUCCAACACCAACACCAACACCAACACCAACACCAACAGGGACCACCAUUACAGUGACUCCAACACCAACAGAGACCACCACUACAGUGACUCCAACACCAACACCAACACCAACACCAACAGAGACCACCACUACAGUGACUCCAACACCAACACCAACACCAACACCAACACCAACAGGGACCACCAUUACAGUGACUCCAACACCAACACCAACAGAGACCACCACUACAAUGACUCCAACACCAACACCAACAGAGACCACCACUACAGUGACUCCAACACCAACACCAACACCAACACCUACAGAGACCACCACUACAGUGACUCCAACACCAACACCAACAGAGACCACCACUACAGUGACUCCAACACCAACACCAACACCAACACCAACACCAACAGGGACCACCACUACAGUGACUCCAACACCAACACCAGCACCAACAGCAACAGGGACCACCAUUACAGUGACUCCAAUACCAACACCAACACCAACAGAGACCACCACUACAGUGACUCCAACACCAACACCAACACCAACAGAGACCACCACUACAGUGACUCCAACACCAACACCAACACCAACACCAACAGGGACCACCAUUACAGUGACUCCAACACCAACACCAACACCAACACCUACAGAGACCACCACUACAGUGACUCCAACACCAACACCAACACCAACACCAACAGGGACCACCAUUACAGUGACUCCAACACCAACACCAACACCUACAGAGACCACCACUACAGUGACUCCAACACCAACACCAACACCAACACCAACAGGGACCACCAUUACAGUGACUCCAACACCAACACCAACACCAACAAAGACCACCACUACAGUGACUCCAACACCAACACCAACACCAACACCAACACCAACAGAGACCACCACUACAGUGACUCCAACACCAACACCAACAGGAACCACCAUUACAGUGACUCCAACACCAACACCAACACCUACAGAGACCACCACUACAGUGACUCCAACACCAACACCAACACCAACACCAACACCAACAGAGACCACCACUACAGUGACUCCAACACCAACACCAACAGGAACCACCAUUACAGUGACUCCAACACCAACACCAACACCUACAGAGACCACCACUACAGUGACUCCAACACCAACACCAACACCAACACCAACAGAGACCACCACUACAGUGACUCCAACACCAACACCAACAGGAACCACCAUUACAGUGACUCCAACACCAACACCAACACCUACAGAGACCACCACUACAGUGACUCCAACACCAACACCAACACCAACACCUACAGAGACCACCACUACAGUGACUCCAACACCAACACCAACACCAACAGGGACCACCAUUACAGUGACUCCAACACCAACACCAACAUCAACACCAACAGAGACCACCACUACAGUGACUCCAACACCAACACCAACACCAACACCAACAGAGACCACCACUACAGUGACUCCAACACCAACACCAACACCAACAAAGACCACCACUACAGUGACUCCAACACCAACACCAACACCAACACCAACACCAACAGGGACCACCAUUACAGUGACUCCAACACCAACACCAACACCAACAAAGACCACCACUACAGUGACUCCAACACCAACACCAACACCAACACCAACAGAGACCACCACUACAGUGACUCCAACACCAACACCAACACCAACAGAGACCACCACUACAGUGACUCCAACACCAACACCAACACCAACACCAACAGAGACCACCACUACAGUGACUCCAACACCAACACCAACACCAACACCAACAGGAACCACCAUUACAGUGACACCAACACCAACAGAGACCACCACUACAGUGACUCCAACACCAACACCAACAGAGACCACCACUACAGUGACUCCAACACCAACACCAACACCAACACCAACAGGGACCACCAUUACAGUCACUCCAACACCAACACCAACACCAACACCUACAGAGACCACCACUACAGUGACUCCAACACCAACACCAACACCAACAGAGACCACCACUACAGUGACUCCAACACCAACACCAAAACCAAUAGGAACCACCAUUACAGUGACUCCAACACCAACACCUACAGAGACCACCACUACAGUGACACCAACACCAACACCAACACCAACACCAACACCAACACCAACAGAGACCACCACUACAGUGACUCCAACACCAACACCAACACCAACAAAGACCACCACUACAGUGACUCCAACACCAACACCAACACCAACACCUACAGGGACCACCACUACAGUGACUCCAACACCAACACCAACACCUACAGAGACCACCACUACAGUGACUCCAACACCAACACUAACACCAACAGGGACCACCAUUACAGUGACUCCAACACCAACACCAACACCAACAAAGACCACCACUACAGUGACUCCAACACCAACACCAACACCAACACCAACAGAGACCACCACUAUAGUGACUCCAACACCAACACCAACACCAACACCAACACCAACACCAACAGAGACCACCACUUCAGUGACUCCAACACCAACACCAACACCAACACCAACACCAACACCAACAGAGACCACCACUACAGUGACUCCAACACCAACACCAACACCAACAGAGACCACCACUACAGUGACUCCAACACCAACACCAACACCAACACCAACAGAGACCACCACUACAGUGACUCCAACACCAACACCAACACCAACACCAACACCAACACCAACAGAGACCACCACUACAGUGACUCCAACACCAACACCAACACCAACAGAGACCACCACUACAGUGACUCCAACACCAACACCAACACCAACACCAACAGAGACCACCACUACAGUGACUCCAACACCAACACCAACACCAACACCAACACCAACAGGAACCACCAUUACAGUGACUCCAACACCAACACCAACAGAGACCACCACUACAGUGACUCCAACACCAACACCAACACCAACAAAGACCACCACUACAGUGACUCCAACACCAACACCAACAAAGACCACCACUACAGUGACUCCAACACCAACACCAACAUCAACACCUACAGAGACCACCACUACAGUGACUCCAACACCAACACCAACACCAACACCAACACCAACACCAACACCUACAGGGACCACCACUACAGUGACUCCAACACCAACACCAACACCAACACCAACAGAGACCACCACUACAGUGACCACAACACCAACACCAACACCUACAGAGACCACCACUACAGUGACUCCAACACCAACACCAACACCUACAGAGACCACCACUACAGUGACUCCAACACCAACACCAACACCAACACCAACACCAACAGAGACCACCACUACAGUGACUCCAACACCAACACCAACACCUACAGAGACCACCACUACAGUGACUCCAACACCAACACCAACACCAACACCAACACCUACAGAGACCACCACUACAGUGACUCCAACACCAACACCAACACCAACACCAACACCUACAGAGACCACCACUACAGUGACUCCAACACCAACACCAACACCUACAGAGACCACCACUACAGUGACUCCAACACCAACACCAACACCAACACCAACAGAGACCACCACUACAGUGACUCCAACACCAACACCAACACCUACAGAGACCACCACUACAGUGACUCCAACACCAACACCAACAGAGACCACCAUUACAGUGACUCCAACACCAACACCAACACCAACAGAGACCACCACUACAGUGACUCCAACACCAACACCAACACCUACAGAGACCACCACUACAGUGACUCCAACACCAACACCAACACCAACACCAACACCAACAGAGACCACCACUACAGUGACUCCAACACCAACACCAACACCUACAGAGACCACCACUACAGUGACUCCAACACCAACACCAACACCAACACUAACAGAGACCACCACUACAGUGACUCCAACACCAACACCAACAGAGACCACCACUACAGUGACUCCAACACCAACACCAACACCAACACCUACAGAGACCACCACUACAGUGACUCCAACACCAACACCAACACCAACACCUACAGAGACCACCACUACAGUGACUCCAACACCAACACCAACAGAGACCACCAUUACAGUGACUCCAACACCAACACCAACACCAACACCUACAGAGACCACCACUACAAUGACUCCAACACCAACACCAACACCAACAGGGACCACCAUUACAGUGACUCCAACACCAACACCAACACCUACAGGGACCACCACUACAGUGACUCCAACACCAACACCAACACCAACACCAACACCAACAGAGACCACCACUACAGUGACUCCAACACCAACAGAGACCACUCCUCCUACGUCUACCACCACACAAACACCAACCCCAACUGCAACCACCAUUACAGUCACUACAACACCAACACCAACACCAACAUCAACAGAGACCACCCCUCCUACACCUACCACCACACAGACCACAACCCCAAUACCAACAGAGACCACCACUACAGUGACUCCAACACCAACACCAACCACCACAGGGACCCCCAUUUCAACAUCUACUACCACACAGACCACAACCCCAACACCCACACCAGUGACCUCCACCCCUACCCCCACACAGACACCCACCCCAACUCGUACCACCACAACCAAACCUCCCACUGAGUCCCCAACGCCUGUGAUCUCUCAGUCAACUUCUUCCCCACCCACGGAGUCCAUCACUCUUCCAAGCACUCCUGUGACUACCAUAACAACACCUAGCACAGAAUCAUCACCUGGAACAACAUCACCAUUCAUCACUUCGUCAGUGGGCAGCACUCCGUCACCAUCUCCAGGUUCAACACCAGGACCUACCGCACCUCCUACAGAGACCACGACGGGGCCAACCUCACCCACCACAGGACCACCCUCCACGACCACCCCUACAGUUCCUACUGUGACAACGACCACCCCGGAAACCACCACACCAACUACUUUGGAGACCACCAAGACCUCGUCUUGGAGCACAGUCCUCUCAGUCUCCCCAAUCACCUCUCCCAGCACCACCUGGACCAGCAUUGCAACCUCGACUACCUGCUGCGUUGUGGAUGACAUAUUUUAUGGCCCAGGUGAAAUGAUCUACAACGGUACCCAUGGGGACAGGUGUUAUUAUGUGAACUGCUCUGAGGACUGCCAACUCCAGAUCUUCAACUGGUCCUGUCCAUCCACUCCCCCAACUACUACACCCUUAACGCCAGUGUCCUCUCCGACGACCGCACCCUCCACACCAUCCACCACACCUUCAACGUCCACUCCCUCCACGCCCAAAUCUACAACGCCAACCCCCAGCACACCAACCAAAACUACCUCCGGUGGAUGCCUCGACUUUGAUCCUCCCAGACAGGUGAAUGAGACCUGGUGGCUGUGUAACUGUACCAUGGCCAUUUGCAAGUAUGACAACGUAGUGGAGAUUGUGGAGCUGGAGUGCGACCCCCCGCCCAUGCCUACCUGUUCCAGCGGCCUCAAGCCCGUGCGUGUCGUGGACCCUGAUGGCUGCUGCUGGCACUGGGAGUGUGACUGCUACUGCACCGGCUGGGGGGAUCCACACUUUGUCACCUUCGACGGGCUCUACUACAGUUACCAGGGUAACUGCACCUACGUGCUAGUGGAGGAGAUCAACCCCACGGUGGACAACUUUGGUGUCUACAUUGACAACUACCACUGUGACGUCAACGACAAGGUGUCCUGCCCCCGCACGAUUAUCGUGCGCCACGAGACCCAGGAAGUGCAGAUCAAGACGGUGAACUUGAUGCCCAUUGAGGUGCAGGUGCUGGUGAACAAGCAGGUAGUGGCUUUGCCCUACAAGAAGUACGGGCUGCAGGUGUACGAAUCUGGCAUCAACUUUGUGGUGGACAUCCCCAGGCUGAAGGCCCAGAUCUCCUACAAUGGCAUGUAUUUCUCCAUCCGGCUGCCCUACGAACUGUUUGGCAACAACACAAAGGGCCAGUGCGGAACCUGCACCAACAAUACUGCCGAUGACUGCAUCCUCCCCAGUGGAGAGAUCGUCUCCGACUGUGAGGUUGCUGCUGACCAGUGGCUGGUGAACGACCCCUCCAAGCCACACUGUCCUCACAGCGGCUUCACCACCAAGCGCCCGGCCAUCACGCCAGGGCUUUUGCCGAAUAACUGUACUCAGUCUCCUGUGUGCGAGCUCAUCAAGGACAGCCUCUUUUCCCAGUGUCACCCCUUCGUGCCUCCUAAGUACUACUAUGAAGCUUGCCUGUUUGAUAGCUGCUUUGUGCCUGGCUCCGGUAUGGAGUGUGCCAGCGUACAGGCCUACGCGGCCCUCUGUGCCAAGGAAGGUGCCUGCAUUGACUGGCGGAGCCAUGCCCAGGGGGCCUGCCCUGUGAAGUGUCCAUCUCACAGGGAGUACAAGGCCUGUGGCCCCGCAGAAGAACCCACCUGCCAGUCCAGUGCCUUUGAGAAUUCCACGCUCUUGGUGGAAGGCUGCUUCUGCCGCGAAGGCACCAUAAAAUUUGCUCCCGGCCGUGACGUCUGUGUGGAGACAUGUGGAUGUGUGGGACCCGACAAUGUGCCCAGAAAGUUUGGAGAGCACUUUGAGUUCAACUGCCAGGACUGUGAUUGCCGGGAGGGUGGAAGCGGCAUUGUCUGCCAGCCAAAGAAAUGUCCUGGAGAGGACCAGCAGACAUGUGAGGAGGAUGGCACCUACCUUGUUGUGGAGGUCAACCCAGAAGACACAUGCUGCAACAUCACCUCAUGCAAGUGUGACACCAAACGAUGCAAAAUGGAACGCCCCUCAUGUUUGCUGGGAUUCGAAGUGAAGAUCGAGCAUGUGCCUGGAAAAUGCUGUCCAGUUUACUCCUGUGUGCCCAAGGGCGUGUGUGUGCACCAGAACGCUGAAUACCAGCCCGGAUCUCCAGUGUAUUCCAACAAGUGCCAGGACUGCAUGUGCACCAACAUCAUGGACAACAGCACCCAGCUCAACGUCAUCUCCUGUACCCAUGUGCCCUGUAACAUCUCCUGCAGUUCCGGCUUUGAACUUGUGGAGGUCCCUGGGGAGUGCUGCAAGAAGUGCCAGCAGACCCACUGCAUCAUUGAGAGGCCCAACCAGCAGUACCUCAUUCUGAAGCCUGGGGACAUACAGAGAAACCCCAACGAUAGGUGCACCUUCUUCAGCUGCAUGAAAUUCAACAAACAGCUCAUCUCCUCUGUCUCCAACAUCACCUGCCCUGACUUCAACCCCAGUGACUGUGUUCCGGACUCCAUCACUUACAUGCCCAAUGGCUGCUGUAAGACAUGCAUCCCUCGAAACCAGACCAGAGUCCCUUGCUCUGCCAUCCCCGUCAUGAAGGAGAUUUCCUACAAUGGCUGCACGAAGAACGUCUCCAUGAACUACUGUUCUGGGUCCUGUGGGACUUUUGCCAUGUACUCUUCCCAGGUCCAGGAGCUGGAUCACAAGUGUUCUUGCUGCAAGGAGGAGAGGACCAGUGUACGUGAGGUGACCCUGGAAUGCCCAGAUGGCACUGAGCAGAGCCACACCUACACACACAUCGAGAGCUGUCUGUGCCAGGACACCGUCUGUGGGCUCCCACAGGCCCAGCAAGGCCGCGUCAGGCGUUCUAGUUCCUGGCUUCUGGGAAGGAAGUGAACGGGUUCUACCGUGCACAACCCUUCCCAUCUUGCACCAUCCUGCUAACCCUCUGAGCUUCCUCCGCUUCUAGCUUGUCUCCUUCUCUGUAGGUAUUUAUUUUCAGAGUUUCUAUUUUAUCCUUUGCUUUCUGAUAAUAAACCCAGGCAUAGCCAUGCACACCA